UGAAAGUGCCUUUGUUAUCUUCCCCUCGAUUUCUGCGAAUAGUCCCGUGAACCAGAACUUUCCACAUGAAAGAUGGCUGCUCUCUCUGUCCUCUCUGCCUGUCAGCAAAGUUAUUUCGCUUUGCAGGCAGGAAAGGCGAGAUCAAAAUACAAAGUCACAGCCCCAGCAGUCUCUGGGUCACCAGAGUUUGAGAGAAUAUUUCAUGCACAACAAAACUGUGUGGAGUUUUACCCAAUAUUUAUGAUUACAUUGUGGAUGGCUGGAUGGUAUUUCAACCAAGUUUUUGAUACUUGUCUAAGUCUGGUGUACAUAUAUGUCCAUCACCAGUAUUUCUGCGGAUACUCAGAAGCUGCUAAAAAAAGGAUCACUGGCUUCCGGUUGAGUCUGGGGGUUUUGGCCUUGUUGACUGUCCUAAGCACCGUGGGGAUUGCAAACAGCUUUCUGGAUGAAUACCUGGACUUCAGUGUUGCCGAGAAACUGAGAAACAAAUCGUUUCUCACCCGUCUUGAUAUGAUGCCAUCCUCAACCAAUAAGAUACCAUCGUUUUGGAGGUGAGAGGAAAUUCACCUCCUGGGCUAAAUUAGGCAGAAAUGGCUGAUCACUUUGCAUAUCCUAUUUGUGAAGUGGAAUAUGGUUCAGCAGAGAAUACUAUCAAUAAAGGCCAUUAGGCUAAUUUCCCCUAAGACUUGAGUAGGAUUUGAGAGGUUAAAGGCUAUCGCUUCUGCUAAGAAGCUAUUUCGACAGAUGGGACAUUUCUUGGAACCACUCUGUAGACUUCCACAUGCUCCAGAUUCUCUGAAUCAUAAUAUGUCGGUGCGAACUGGCCAGCUUCCUGAGUUAGAAAAAGAAACCAUCCUCCUACUUGCUACUUGGCAAUGAACUUUAUGCAU